AUGACAGAUUCCUUGUCUAUAGAAAUUCUGCUGACCAUCCUUGAAUGCUUGUCCCCGCUUGAUCUUUUCUCCGCUACCAGAGCUUCGCCAAUCUUAUACCGCACCUUCAUCGCCUACAAACAACAUCUUCUCAAACAUACUCUCCGCCAGGCUAUCCACCCCGCAUGUGGAGCAGACGUCCAUUCCGCGCUGGACGCACAGCAUAUCCCCAAACUUAUCAAAUCAGGCGAAAGCAUUGCCAAACUCAAGGCCGAUUGUUUCUCAAUUUUUGCCACUGACCGCACUCGUCGGCGUCGAAAUAAUGACCAGUUCAGCGUGGACAAUGCGAACCUCGAUACGUUGUUUUACCUCCAUAUCAAUAUUGAGCGCCUGAUCGAUAGCUAUUGCCACUGGUCACUGGGCAAUUUGACCUCACACAAUGAAAAACCAACACAGUUCCAAACGACAACCGUCCACCCAAGAGCGACCCUGUCACCUACCGAACAGGCCCGUCUUCAACGGGCGUUCUACCGAUACGAAAUCUAUGCCAGAUAUCAACGUGUCUUACAUCUCCUUACCGACAAAAGCACGGCCCUAAACUUUUCGCAGAUUCUGUUAAGCUUCAUCUCGCAAUUCACCCUCUAUGAAUUCGAAGAGAUUAUCAGCGUACGGCAAUUCCUCGCUCAAUUCAUUAGAUCGCUCUGCGAAAGAGUCGAGGAUGAUUUCGUGGCUUCUUGUUCCCUCACUGAUUCUGUUGGCGCCGGUGUCGAGAAAGAAGCUUCGGGGAAUGCAGUAUCAACGAAAAGUCAAGACCUUGACGAUCUUUCCUUCUUCACAAAGUCAUACCGAGACACCCACCACUUGGAUCAUGUGAAAUUCCUGGUAUCCUGUGGUUUACCAUACGUUUUACGUCUGAGUCUCAUGGAAUCCCAAGCCCUCAAACACGCCAUGCUCAACUCAUACAUUGAGUCGCGCAAGAACACCGUCGUAGACUUCUUUUUCCAAGGUGGACUAGACAUUGGAUCGUGCGACGGGGAACAGAAAGCAAUCUUCCUUCGGGGUAAACUGGUCUCCAUCCCCCGUGAUGAAGUCGGCAGUUUCAACCUAGGCUGGAAAUGGGGUACCAGCUUUCCCGGAUUUGUCAAGCCCGAUACUCCCGCUAUGUUCGAUUUGCGGAACCAGGGCUAUGUAUUCUGGGAUCAAGAGCGGCUGCAGGAAUCGGGUCUUGUAAAUGAGCCAUAUGUAGUUCAUGUCGGGACGAAUUACUUUCCGCCUGGUCACAAGGGUCCGUUUGUGCGGCCGAGUGUCGAGGAGAGGCUUGGUGGGUUAGGGGUUGAUUCUGAGGCCUUGAGGAAAUUGAACGAUGAAUAG